AUGUCAACAUACUCUUCUACACGUCGUCGUACUACAGUUGGCAUCAAGAAUCCUAAGAAAGCAAAAAUCUCUAGAAGCCAUGGGGGUUCGAGAUCAACAUUUAAGAAAAUACAUAUCGACUCUUAUAAGGAUAAUACAGUUUUUGGCAUGAAAUCCACCUUUAUUACAUAUUUUACUAGAACACAAGAUUGGUGUACAACAAUCCUUUUUCUUACAAUGACUCGACCACAUAAACCCGCCUCAACCGAUUCAAUAGCUAGAUGGAUUAGGAUGACGUUGAUUCAAUCAUCUCCGGACCUAAUGGCUAAAAACACUAGAAUCAUUGCCGCCUUCCUGGCACAAAACAAUGGGGUCAAUUUGGGGUCAAUAUUAGGACUGGGAAACUGGUCAAACAACACUGUAUACCAAAAUUUUAUCAAAGGG